UUGAUUGGUUCUUCGAAGCAGCCUGCCCUGCCUCCCUGCAGGAGGAUCCUCGCAUUCUGCGGCAGUUCCCCCCAGACUUCAGGGACCAGGAAGCUAUGCAGAUGGUGCCUAAAUUCUGCUUCCCUUUCGAUGUGGAAAGGGAGCCUCCCAGCCCUGCGGUACAGCAUUUCACCUUCGCCCUCACGGACCUGACCGGCACCCGUAGAUUUGGUUUCUGCCGCCUAAGGGCCGGUGCCCACAGCUGUCUUUGCAUCCUCAGCCACCAUCCCUGGUUUGAGGUGUUCUACAAGCUGCUGAACACAGUGGGAGACCUCCUGGCUCAGGACCAAGUCUCGGAGGUCGAGGAACUUCUAAGCCUGCUGCAGCGGACCCUGCCAGAGACCCAGGCCUCCGUGGAGCUGGGCAGCGGAGUGACGGUCUCCAGUGUGCCCGGCAGGAUGCCCCCAGCCCCCGGGAACAUCGGGCCGCUUUCCUGUUUCGUGGCCCCCGACUCCGGCCGCCUGCCAUCCAUCCCGGAGAACAGGAACCUCACAGAGCUGGUGGUGGCGGUGACCGAUGAGAACAUCGUGGGGCUGUUCGCGGCGCUCCUGGCCGAGCGGAGGGUCCUGCUCACCGCCAGCAAGCUGAGCACCCUGACCUCGUGUGUCCACGCGUCCUGUGCCCUCCUGUAUCCCAUGCGAUGGGAGCACGUGCUGAUCCCCACGCUGCCGCCGCACCUGCUGGACUACUGCUGCGCUCCCAUGCCCUACCUCAUCGGAGUCCACGCCAGUCUCACAGAGAGAGUUCUGGAAAAGGGCCUGGAAGAUGUCGUGAUGAUGAACGUGGACUCCAAUAUCUUAGAGACGCCUUUCGACGACUUGCAGGCGCUGCCUCCCGAUGUGGUGUCCCUGCUGAGGCUGAGGCUAAGAAAGGUCGCGCUGGCCCCAGGAGAAGGGGUGUCCCGUCUUUUCCUCAAAGCCCAGGCACUGCUCUUUGGGGGGUACCGCGAUGCGCUGGUCUGCAGCCCGGGCCAGCCUGUGACCUUCAGUGAAGAAGCCUUCUUGGCCCAGAAGCCCGGGGCUCCCUUGCAGGCCUUCCACCGGCGGGCAGUGCACCUGCAGCUGUUCAAACAGUUCAUUGAUGGCCGGCUGGAGAGACUUAACACAGGAGAGGGGUUCUCAGAUCUGUUUGAGCAGGAGAUCACCUGCAGUGGGGCCUCCUCAGGCACCCUUCGCUCCUACCAGCUCUGGGCAGACAACCUAAAGAAAGGUGGUGGUGCCCUCCUGCAUUCUGUCAAGGCCAAGACCCAACCAACCGUCAGAAACAUGUACCGCUCGGCCAAGAGCGGCUUGAAGGGAGUGCAGACUCUCCUGAUGUACAAGGAUAAGGAUUCUGGCCUGCAGAGGGGGGGCUCCCUCAGGGCUUUCUCCCUCACCAGUCGCUCAGAUCACCUGCAGCAACGUCUGCCUAUCACCCAGCACUUUGGACAGAACCGGCCCCUUCGCCCCAGCAGGAGACACCGGCAGGAAGAGAGACCUUCUGAGUCCCUGGGGGAGAGGACACCCCCUCUGAGCCCUGAGGAUGCCCAGGACUCCUGGGCAGAGGAAGCUCUGGACAGCAGCUUCCUGGGGUCUGGGGAAGAACUGGAUUUGCUGAGUGAGAUACUAGACAGUCUGAGCACGGGAGCCACAAGCACGGGCAGCCUGCGGUCCAGCCAGAGCUUAGACUGCUGCCACAGAGAGGACUCGGACAGCUGCCUCAGCCUGCCUAACUUACCAGGAAGACAAAGGUGGCAGCCAGAUGAGGAGGACCCCCCAGAACCCUAUUCCCAGUCCCUGCCUGUCGGCCUGCCAUCUCUGCAAAGCCCCCAGCCUCCGGAUACCACAAGGUCCUCCAAGAACCUCACUCCCUCAGGGGCCAGCCAAGAAAUCACUUCUUCAACCCAAUGGUUAAUAGCUUCUGCAGACCCAAGCAGCAGAGGAGACCUCAAAUCCUCUCUCACAGAGCCCCAUCAACAAAGCCCACCUCUCUCCCCGCUCCACGAGGCCGCCGGAGAGCCCAGAGGGGAGGAGAGCUCCUGCUCCCAGCUCUCCACAGUGCCCACCCAGCCCACUGCAGAGAGCCCCCAACCUCCGCUGCCCACAAAGCCCAACUCAGAUAUCACCUGGACAUCUCAAACCCUUGACUCUACCUCAGAUCCCUGUUUCCCAGAGAGCCCCAGAGCCCCUGCUGUGCCCGCCAGCAACUGGCAGGAGCCCCAGGCCAGGAACCGGCCCAGAGUUGCUGAGCUUAAAAAGUGUUUUGAAGGUUAAGGACCAGGCAUCUGGAGGAGAAACCAUUCUCUCAAUAAAGUCACAAG